AUGGUUCACAUCAAUCGGGUCGCGACUCACAAGGAGAUCUCUGAGGAGAAGGCUGAAUUUGAAGCUAUUGAUGCUACCACCUCCAUCAACCUGACUCCGGAUGAUGAGGCAGACGACUACACUGCCACAGUGUACGGUAGCAAGUAUGCUGCUGAAGACCUCCCGAGACAUGAGAUGCCCGACCGGGAGAUGCCUCCUCAUGUCGCCUACCGUAUGAUCAAAGAUGACCUCACGCUCGACGGCACCCCAACGCUAAACUUGGCUUCAUUCGUAACAACCUACAUGGAAGAAGAGGCUGAGAAACUUAUGGUCGAUGCCUUUUCCAAGAACUUCAUCGAUUACGAAGAGUACCCCGUCAGCGCCGAUAUUCAGAACCGAUGUGUUUCGAUGAUCGCGAGACUUUUCAACGCACCUUGUGAUCCAGAAGCGAACACGAUCGGUACAUCUACUAUUGGAUCUUCAGAGGCUAUCAUGCUGGGAGUUUUGGCCCAAAAGAAGCUUUGGCAAAAUAAGCGCAAGGCUGAGGGCAAGCCCUAUGAUAAGCCUAACAUGAUCAUGAACUCGGCCGUACAAGUUUGCUGGGAGAAAGCAUGCCGAUACUUCGACGUCGAGGAGAGAUAUGUGUACUGCACGACUGAACGCUACGUGAUGGACCCCAAGGAAUGCGUGGACCUCGUUGAUGAGAACACCAUUGGAAUUUGCGCCAUUCUAGGAACGACAUACACCGGUGAAUACGAAGAUAUAAAAGCCAUCAACGACCUCCUUGUUGAACGCAACAUUGAUGUUGAUAUCCACGUCGAUGCUGCAUCUGGUGGUUUCGUUGCUCCCUUCGUUAACCCCGGUCUGCUCUGGGACUUCCGUCUUCCCAAAGUCACGUCCAUCAACGUCUCCGGACACAAGUACGGACUCGUAUACCCUGGUGUUGGUUGGGUUGUAUGGCGCGACCCCAAGUACCUGCCCCAGGAACUCGUCUUCAACAUCAACUACCUCGGUGCCGAUCAGGCAUCUUUUACCCUCAACUUCUCCCGCGGAGCUUCUCAGAUCAUCGGACAGUACUACCAGCUAAUCCGGCUGGGUAAGCGCGGAUACAGAAAGAUUAUGCUGAACUUGACACGCACUGCCGAUUAUCUAGCAGCGAACCUGGAAGCACUAGGCUUUAUUAUCAUGAGCCAGAGGAGUGGCGCUGGUCUUCCUCUCGUUGCUUGCAGAAUCGACGAAGACCUUGGAAAGCAGUACGACGAGUUCGCCAUCGCUCAUCAACUCCGUGAGCGCGGUUGGGUUGUCCCAGCCUACACCAUGGCGCCUCACUCUGAGAAGAUGAAGAUGCUGCGUGUAGUCGUACGCGAAGACUUCACCAAGUCUCGUUGUGACGCACUGCUCGCUGACUUCAAGCUUGCGCUACAGACGCUGGACAAGCUUGAUGCGAAGAAGAUUGAGGAGCACAGGCAGCAUGCAUUCGCCAUGCGUCGUCGCUCAACCAUCGUCAGUCCCAUCUAUAAGAAGAAGACGACAGACCACUUCGACGACGACCACAGUCUGCAGGGCAAGACUGGCAAGACACAUGCUGUCUGCUAA